GGAUGAAGAAUAUGAUCAUUCCUUCCUUUUUUACCUUCUUUCUCCUCUUUACUUUUCCUUGUUUGAUCGUUUCUAAUGUAAUUCAUCCAGCUGGUAGACAUAUCAGUAUUACUGCAUUUGAAAAGCUCCCAUUACCAGUGGCAUCCACAGGAGCCUUAACAUUUGACUUGUGGAAUGGAGGUCCGUACACAGGCACCGUAGAUGGUAGGAUCUUGAAGUACAACAAGUUUCGUAGAAUUUUCGAAGAUUUUGCUUAUACGUCGCCGGAGAGGACCAAGGCAUUUUGUGAUGGUAGAUCCGACAUUGAAAGCUUACAAAUAUGUGGUUUUCCAUCGGGAUUGAGUACGGAGCGUCGUACUGGAAAAAUUUAUGCUCUUGACAUAUCGCUAGGGCUUUCAGAAGUGAGAUUUCCCGGGGGGCUUACGACUAAUUUAGUCCCUUCGAGAGACGGUGUACCAUACCACGUACUUGACGCCGUUGAUGCUGCUUCAAACCGGAAAAUUUAUUUUGUCGAUGCCAGUAGUGUAUAUGGAGUAAGGGAAGCGAAUAUCUCUAUACAAAGUGGAGAUUCAACGGGAAAGCUUUUGGAAUAUGAUACUAGAACAAAAGUAGUCACUGAAUUGCUCACGCAGUUAGGAGGUGCCGUAGGGGUGGCCACCGACAGAGAUGCCUCAGCUGCCUAUGUUUCGGAGUACACAGCUCGUAGGAUCCGAAAGUAUUAUAUAAGAGGACUGAAGGCUGGUACUUCUGAAAUUUUCUUAUCAGGUCUAGGAGGUCCAUAUCAGAUUAAGAGAAUCGACGGUGAAGAUAAUUUUUGGGUUGCAAUUAACAAUGGGGUAAAUGAAACAUACGUAAACACGGAAGCUGUAAAGUUUAAUGCUGCUGGCCAAAUACUUGCAGUAUUGAACCUCACUCAAGAGUUCACUCAACUCAUAGCUACUGUUUACCAACAAGGUAAUGACCUAUUCGUGGCAGGGUUUAACACAACUUACCUUGGAAAGUAUAAGUUGGUCUACUCUUAAAAGCUUUAUAUAUUUUGGAGUGGACAUGUCUGUGUUGAAGUACAUGGAAUAACUAUAGCCUUUUGCUAAAGUUUAUUUCCCCUGAAAAAUUGUUAUUGUAUAGAAGUAAUUGUAAAAUAAGGAAAGAAUUCUCAUUCAAAUUGCAU